AUUUCAUUGUAAAAAUGGGGAGGUAUCCAUGUUGCCAAGAUGAUGAUGAUAAUGAUUUGAAGAAAGGACCAUGGACAGAAGAUGAAGAUGAGAAAUUGACUGAUUAUAUAAACAAAAAUGGCCACACAAAUUGGAAAUCAAUUCCAAGAAGAGCAGGUUUAAAGAGAUGUGGAAAGAGUUGUAGAUUAAGGUGGAAUAAUUAUCUUAGGCCAGAUAUUAAGAGGGGGGGAUUUUCAGAUGAAGAAGAAGAAAUUAUCAUCAAUCUCCAUUCUCUUCUUGGAAAUAAGUGGUCAAGAAUUGCAGCUCAUCUUCCGGGAAGAACCGAUAAUGAAAUCAAGAAUUUCUAUAACACACAUUUAAGGAAAAAACUUCUCAAAUUGGGAAUUGACCCCAAAACACACAAACCAAUAACUCAAAUGGAAAUGAAAAAUGGUUAG